CUUCUUCCCUUCCACGCUUCAUCUCUCUCUCUCUCUUCUCUCUCUCGCGCGCGCGCCUGAAACCCUAAGCAUAGCCGACUCUACUCCCUGUUGCGUGCAGGUCGAUCGGCGACCCUAGCAACCAGCGACCAGUAUUCUUCCAACUGUGGCUUCGCUCGUGCUUUCCCUCAUUUUCCUUGCAUUGGAUUAGGGAAGGCGGAAGAUUUGAUUUGUGCUGUAGUGAGGAAGAAGAGUGUCACAUCAAAGAGACGAUGAAGAUUGCAGUCGAGGGCUGCUUGCAUGGAGAGAUGGAUAAGGUGUAUGACACGAUUCGGCAUAUGGAGAAGGUUGAGAACAUAAAGAUCGACCUCCUAAUCUGCUGUGGUGACUUCCAGGCAGUCAGGAACGAAAAUGAUCUCGAGAGCUUGAGUUGCCCACCAAAAUAUCGGAGUAUGAACUCUUUCUGGAAGUACUACUCUGGACAAGAAGUAGCACCUGUUCCAACUAUAUUUAUUGGCGGGAACCAUGAAGCAUCAAAUUAUUUAUGGGAACUGUAUUAUGGAGGCUGGGCUGCCCCUAAUGUAUAUUUUUUGGGCUUUUCUGGAGUUAUUAAGUUUGGCAAUAUUCGAAUUGGUGGGGUUUCUGGGAUUUAUAAGCAAGGCCAUUAUCAUCUAGGACAUUUUGAGAGACCACCAUAUAAUGAGAGUGAUCUUCGGUCUGUAUACCACGUACGGGAAUAUGAUGUAAUGAAGCUCAAGGACAUUAAGGAACCUAUAGAUAUUUUCAUAUCACAUGACUGGCCUGUUGGUAUCUAUGAAUAUGGAAAUUCGAAGAGGCUUGUUCAACGUAAACCCCAUUUUGAAGAAGAGAUCAGGAAGAGGACUCUAGGCAGCUUGCCUGCUGCAGAGCUGCUAAACCAACUUAAACCACAUUAUUGGUUUUCUGGUCAUCUUCACUGUAAUUUUGCAGCUGUUGUUCAGCACAGAGAGGAUGGGUCUGUCACAAAGUUUCUUGCUCUUGACAAAUGUCUUCCAGGUCGAAAAUUUUUGCAGAUUGUUGAUGUCAACUCAGAUCCAGGCCCGUAUGAAAUUCAGUAUGACGAGGAGUGGCUUGCAAUAACGAGGAAGUUCAAUAGUAUCUUUCCGUUGAGCCGAAAAACUGUUCAUUUGAGGCCUGAACAGCUCGACAAGCAAGAUUAUCGUGAGUGGGUGAGAAAUAAGUUAAUCACUAGAGGAGCCAGACCUUUUGAUUUUGUGCAGACUGUUUCACCCUUUGAUCCUUCUCGGCCAAUCACCAGAAGUUCAACAUCUGGACAUUGUCGGAACCCUCAGACAGAGUCAUUGUUGCAGUUGCUAGAACUCCCAUAUCUUCUUGACAAUGUUGCAGAGGCUGGCAUGCCAUCACAGAAUCCCAAUUUUUUUAAUACUAAAGACGCUUGGAAUCAACUGUCUGAUGAUGGAAACUCUGCAGAAGUGGGUGAUGUGGAUGAGCUCGAAGAACUUGCAGAAGAUGAGGAUGGAGAUGCUUGAUAUUUGCCACAACAGAGGACUGAUCUCUUGGUCAAUCAACAAGCAACGAACCUGUUGUUGUUCCAACACUGAUCUUUUUGUAAAAUCCCUACUUAGCAUUCAGAAUUUAUGAUGGAACGAGUUGUAAUUGAUUUUAUCAGCAUGUCAUUUCUUUUUCCCA